CUCGGCCUGUUUCCAGUAAGACAGGCAUCGACUCAGACCAAGCAGACAAUGCCUUUACGUACAUGUGGCCCGUGAUGGCACGUCAUCAUGGAUGGGUCAUGGGUGAAGAAAACUGUCCUGUGCUUUUGGCUGGUAUUUUACACUCAGGCAUUACGUGUUGGACUUUUACCGGUCGUUUUAGAGUCGAUGCGACCACUACCUGCUUGGAGAGCUUACGGGUGUCUUUCCUUUUGGGUGAUUGGCACCAUUGCCAACGCAACUUUGUUCAGUUUGACAUUUGUGAGCUCACCCGAUUAUAUCCUUCUCAUGGGAAUUUACAUGACUACUCUCCUUCUGUUCGCUCUCGCCUCAUGGAGAACUGUUUACGAUCGCUGGAAAAUGUGCGAGACAACACGAGCUUUGGUAAGAUACUGUAAACGGCAUUCUCUCUCGCCUUCAUCCUGGCGUUUGCUACUAGUAGCUGCAGUGCUGACGGCUGCUUUUGGCGUAGUCCAUUUGGCAUGGGCUAUUGACACGUUUACCGACUCCCAUUUCGCCUUGUGGAAC